GUCACUCUUAUUGACCAAUAACCCUCGUUUGUCAACUCCUAACCUAAGCGUUCCUCCUAAUCUUCCGCAUGAGCCGGGAUGAGUAAUUCUAUUUGAGUUGAAAUGACUAAUAUAUGUUAAAUAUCAGGAGGAUCAUAAAUUUUUAUUACAAUAUUUUAUUUAUUUAUUUAUGUCAUUAAAAGUGAUAAAUAUUUGGCUGGGAAUUUCAACUGGCGAUUGUUACGGAAUUUCAUACAAGUUAUAAGAUUUAAAAGCCUUGACAUUUGAAUUCUCGUUAGUGUUUAUAGUUUUAUUUAAUACACAUCUGUCUAAAAUGGUGCGAGCAAGUGAGAGCGAUAUUUUAACCAUAGGCGGAGUCUUGAACGAUCCUGCCAGACCAUUAAAGGAGAGAUUUCGUGCUCUGUUCACUCUGAGGAACAUUGCUGGUCCAACGGCGAUAGAUCAGAUCCGUAUCUGCUUCAAAGAUCAGUCAGCACUAUUAAAACAUGAGCUCGCGUACUGCCUGGGUCAGAUGCAGGAUCCAGCAGCUGUUAGUAUCUUAACAAAUGUUUUGGAGGAUCUUUCACAGGAGCCAAUGGUACGUCAUGAAGCAGGAGAAGCAUUGGGUGCUAUCGGUGAACCAAGUGUGAUUCCAUUAUUAGAGAAGUACCGUGAAGAUUCUGUACCUGAAGUAGCAGAAACCUGUGAAUUAGCCUUAGAUCGGCUGAGAUGGCUGAAGUCCACCAAUAACACAGAGAGUUUGCCAAAGAAUCCAUAUUCGAGUGUUGAUCCUGCACCUCCAGUGAAAAUAACAGAUGUCAGUGCUCUAAAGGAAAUUUUAUUGGAUGAAAGCAAGUCGCUAUUUGAUAGAUACAGGGCAAUGUUCACGCUGAGGAAUUUACGCACUAAGGAAAGCAUUCUUGCUCUUACUGAAGGUUUGAAAGCCGGCAGCGCCUUGUUCAGGCACGAAGUGGCGUUCGUGUUGGGUCAACUUCAAGAGGAGGUGUCCGUGCCGGGAUUACAAGCAUCGUUGGAAGACACGUCGGAGAAUGAAAUGGUCAGGCACGAGUGCGCGGAAGCCUUGGGCUCAAUCGCCACUCCCGAGUGCUACGAGAUAUUAAACAAGUACCUCAACGACAGCAAGAGAGUCGUCCGCGAGAGCUGCAUCAUUGCUUUAGACAUGUGCGAUUACGAAAACAGCUCAGAGUUUCAAUACGCAGAUACAUUGGCUAAGCUUCCGACUGCGUAAAAAAAUCAUCUGCCUUUGAGAUUUAUAUUUAUAUUAUAAUGUACAUUUUCACUUUUCUGACCAAAAACAAAAAAAAUGUAAAUUAUUCUCAACGAUAUAUGUACAUUUACGUUCAAUUAAUUAAAAUUAAUUAAACGUAAAUGCAAAUUAAUUUUAAUGGUUAAUAAAUGUUACAUU